AUGCAGAAAAUUAUAGUGGAACUCGAAUUACCCGACAACAGAUGCAAACAAAAAGCCAUGAAAUCAGUUUCUGGUCUUCCAGGGGUUUGUUCAGUAUCUAUGGAUACUAAUGGAAAGAAAAUAACAGUAAUUGGAGAUGUUGAUGCAGUAGAUGUCGUACGCAAACUAAGAAGACAUUGUCAUGCAAGAAUAGACUUUGUUGGGCCAGCAAAAGUACCAGAAAACAAGAAAGAAGAGCCAGAAUAUAAUGAUCAAAUAGUUGAUUUUGCUUAUGCUUAUGGAGACUAUAAUCCUCAUAUGACUACACGUUACUGUGUUGAAGAAAAUCCAAAUGCUUGUGUUAUUUGCUAG